AUGAAGUUUGCUCUUGCUCUCUGUGCCAUCACUGCCGUCGCCGCAGUCCCAAUGCCCGAGGCAGGGCUGGGCAGUGGCCUAGGAGGUGCCCUUUCGGGUAUAGGCCAGGGAACCGGAUCGGGGGUUUCGGGCGUGGGCCAGGGGGCUGGUGACGGCGUCUCAAAGCGUGGUAUUGGGAGUGGAGCUGGAUCAGGCGUUUCUGGCGUGGGACAGGGAGCUGGUUCGGGGGUUUCGGGUAUUGGAAAUGGCCUGGGAGGAGCUCUGAGCAAGCGAGGACUGGGCAGUGGGCUUGGAAGCAGCGUUGACGACGUUGGUCAAGGGGCUGGAAAUGGAGCUUCAGGAGCUGCUCAGGGCGCAGGCAAUGGAGCUUCGUUCAUUGGUGGUGGGCUGGGCAAUGGUAUUGCCUAG